CUGAAAAAAGACAUUGGGGUUAUUGAUGUCAGAUUUGAUGUCUAGAAAAGCAAGAAACGUGCAAGUAGUCGAUUUGAUUCAACGGCGCGCGUGUGAUUUUGUUAAUUACUUGAUGCGCUCCUUUGGCUGCCACAUUGGCUUCCAACGUUUUGUAACGAAAUUUGAUUAAGAAAAAAAAAUAGAAAAGUUGAGACGGGUGUAAAUGUGGCGAGGGGGGCGGACACGGCGGGGACUAUCCUCUCCUGCCUUUGCGGUAACAUUGUUGUGGAACGACGUCACAGCUCGAAAAUGAAGGCGCAGAGGCAGCCAUUACUGGAGGCUCUGUAAUUAUUUUAUUCUGAAUAAAUACUCGCGGAAAACCUCCAUGGCAAGAGCCACAAGUCAGUUGUAUGAUGUUGUGCCCAUUCAGCCCAGCGUUGUCAUCUGUUCCUGCCCACAUCCAUCAAUGGUAAGAAACCAGCCAGACUCCUGCUCGCCACUUUCUAUCCCAGGCGCGAGUAGCAGCCACUGCCCGAGCAUGGAGGGCUCAGCCCCGGAGGCCCGUGGUGCAGCCAUGCCCACCACCCAGGGCACGGCCAUCCAGGCCCCACAGCCACGCAAGAAAAGGCCAGAGGACUUCAAGUUUGGCAAGAUACUGGGAGAAGGCUCCUUUUCGACUGUUGUCUUGGCAAGAGAGCAGUCCACAGGGAAAGAAUAUGCAAUUAAGAUUUUGGAGAAGAGGCAUAUUACCAAGGAGAAUAAAACCCAGUAUGUGAAAAGAGAAAGGGACUUGAUGUCAAAUCUAGAUCACCCGUUUUUCGUCAAACUCUACUUCACUUUCCAAGAUAACGAGAAGUUAUAUUUUGGUCUUAAUUAUGCUAAGAACGGAGAGCUUCUAAAAUACAUUCGCAAAAUUGGUUCAUUUGACGAGACCUGUACUAGAUUUUACUCGGCGGAAAUAGUGGGUGCCCUGGAAUAUUUACAUGAUAAGGGAAUAAUACACAGAGAUCUAAAACCAGAGAAUAUUCUUCUGAAUGAAGAAAUGCACAUUCAGAUUACAGACUUCGGCACAGCGAAGCAGUUGUCAUCAGACAGUAAGCAAGCAAGAGCCAACUCCUUUGUUGGAACAGCACAGUAUGUGUCUCCAGAGCUGCUGACAGAGAAAUCAGCCUGCAAGAGUUCUGAUCUUUGGGCCCUGGGAUGUAUAAUCUACCAGUUGGUGGCUGGGUUACCACCUUUUAGAGCUGGGAAUGAGUAUCUAAUAUUCCAGAAGAUUAUUAAACUGGAGUAUGAAUUCCCAGAAAAAUUCUUCCCUAAAGCCAAGGAUCUUGUUGAGCAGCUUUUGUCGCUGGACCCCUCAAAGCGGAUUGGUUGUGAGGAGAGGGGAGGGUACGACCCUCUGAGGCAGCACCCCUUCUUUGAGAGCAUCUCCUGGGAGGACCUCCACUUGCAGACGCCCCCCAAGCUCACCCCCUACCUGCCUGCUAUGUCCGAGGAUGACGAGGACUGCUAUGGAAAUUACGAUGACCUCCUCAGCCAGUUCAGUAACAUGCAGGUGGCCCAGUCCAGCUCAUCCCACUCUCUUUCAGCGUCAGAGUCCAUCCCGCCCCAGCGGUCCAGCAGCAACAUCGAGCAGUACAUUCAUGACCUGGACAAUAACUCUUUUGAGCUCGACCUGCAGUUCUCUGAGGAGGAGAAACAGCUGCUGCUGGAUAAACAGACCACUGGAAACCCCUGGCACCAGUUUGUUGAGAAUAACCUGAUUCUGAAAAUGGGCCCAGUAGACAAACGGAAGGGCCUGUUCGCCCGGCGGAGACAACUUCUCCUCACAGAGGGACCACACCUGUACUAUGUGGAUCCUGUCAACAAGGUCUUGAAAGGGGAGAUUCCCUGGUCCUUUGAGCUGCGGCCUGAAGCCAAGAACUUCAAGACUUUCUUUGUUCACACGCCUAAUCGAACAUAUUAUUUGAUGGACCCCAGCGGAAACGCUGACAAAUGGUGUAAGAAGAUCCAGGAAGUGUGGAGAAAGAUCUACCAACGACACCAAAACCCUGGCCUAUAGGAACACAGUUCCUUCCUCUGAGCUCUGAGGCCAAUCACUGAGCAGAGUAACACCCUCCUUUAGUGCCCUUCAUCACCGCAGUGUAAACACUCUUUUUAGAGACGCUGGCAUCUAGACCUUGUUUGUUUUCCUGAGCAGAACCUUGGGGGGAAAAAAUACAUCAUUGGAUUCAGGGUUUGCUUUGCUUGUUCUUUGUGCUCUCUGUGAGGCUUCUAUUGCAUUUUUUUUCCAUGUGUGGAUGACGAGACUGCUACCGUGCACAUCUGCUUCUUGUACAUUCUGCAGGGGAAAAGAGAGAAGGGCAGGCUCGUCUGCAACAGAGUACCGCAGGCCUAGGUACCGCCAAGACCCAGCUCAUGUGCAAGGACUGGUUUCCCUGCUUUUGGCACAAUAGAAACACAAUCCAGCUUUUGUAUCAACUAGAGCCUAUCCCAACAUACUAUCUUUCUUAGAACCAUAUUCUAAUCCUACAUCCUAUGUGUAAGGAGUAAUCGGACCCCAGUUCUAGCAGUUGUACUCCAUAGUCACAGCCAAUAUGUCACCUGAUUAAGUACCAUGCCUUAACGGAACUGGAGCAGUCCCAUUGUUUAUAAGGUGUGGUAUUUCCAGGCGAUCUCUCGGUUCUUGGUACUUUCAUACUGCAGUCCAGUUUGGGUCUCAACAUAACAGAGCAGAGUGCUGGCCCAUAUGUGAUACAUGGGUCGAAUUCAGCCUCUGUUUUAGCGUGAGCUCUCCGUAAACAGUUACUGAGGUAUAUAUCGCUAAUAGGGAAGUGGGUGAACAUGCCACUAGCUUGUACUCUCCUAUCAUUACUCGCUUAGCUUUCCUGCACGGCCGGUUUCGUAGCACAGCCUUGUCUGCUUCUCUCUCCCAGGGCACUGGAGAUCUAGUUUAUUCAGAGUUAAAAGGUGGGUAUUUUUGACUGCAUUGGCAAACCAUGGCUAAUAAUCUUGGAUGAUUUGGCUGUUCUGUACCAUUCACUGGCUGUUUUCUUUGUGGUGUGAAUACUUCAACUCAUUUUUUAGUGGGAUUGUUGGCUCAUCUUCAGUUUGUCCCAUUGAAAGCAAAAUCUAAUGCUGACCACCCCGACAGGAAAGCUCCAUCAACAGAGAUAAAUAAACACACAUUACUAUCAUUCUUGGAAGCAAUCACAGCACAGCUGUUGUCGCUGGAGAAGUUGGCAGGACAGCCCUGUUUGUCUUCUCAACAUUCACUGGGAGUGCCCCUAUGUUUUUUUUUUUUUUUCGUUUUUUUUUUUUACUUAUCCCUUUUUUGUUUUCUGUUAGACACCUGGCCCAACAGAAAUUAAACAGUUGAUUUAAACUCCUGUUGUUUCCAAAAGAUAUAUUAUUAUGCUUUUUUAACAUAUUACCUUAAGGUCCUCUCCCAAAGGAUUCUUCCUCCAGCUGAGUCGGUCUUUGCAGUGUAUGACUGGCGUAGGCAUACAGGGACCUCAGGCCCUAGGGCCAAGGGGGGCCCGACGAGGUUGGAUGUCAGUUAAAAGGGUAUCUGUCUGAUCCAAAUAACAGAUGAAAUUGCUGUAUCUGUCUAAAGCCAAGGAAACACUAUAGAAAAAGUGUUUUUCUUGCUAGAAAAUUGUUUGAAUCAAGUUUGGCGGCGGUCGGUUACAUUGUGUAUGGAAUACUCUACCUGGUUCGUAACUGACUAGAACUGUGAUGUACAGACGAUGUAUUAUUGAAAUCUGAAGCAAGUAAUGCAAUGAUAUUAGGAUACAGUUUUUGUAUUUUUAUUCUUGUAUAAGGUUAUUUGAUGGCUAUUGUUUAGCCUCUAGUUCAUUCUGUGUUAUUUAAAUUCUAAUAUAUGAAUCAUAUUUGGAUUGAAGUCAUGUUCAGGGGCCAUGUUGUGUAUGUAUUGAGAUGUAAAGCCUUUGAAUGUGAAUAAUUAUUGUAAACUAUAAUAUUUUACAGCUUUUUUCUUACUAUAUCAUAUACAUUUUCUAUUUGCUCAGUGAUUUAAUCAUAUUUCUGAUAAUUUAAUGAAUCUGUUCAUUCUCUCUCUGAUUAUUUGUGCGCUAGGUCAGUAGAUGUUGGAUGAUGAAUUUUCCACUUAAUGCUUGGUAGUCCAGUAAUUAAAAGCAUGUAGGGAUUUAGGCAUACAAAUAAAGCCACGUGUCCUGUCUUCUGUUUAAUAAUUAGUCAUGACACAAAAGCGGCAGCGUUCACUGACAAUGGCGUCUCAACAUUUGCAACAUGUAAAUAAAGUACCAGCCCAUC